AUGGAAGAAGGUCGCUACCGUUUACGUUCCGGUCCUUCUCAUAUUAAAUGUUAUGUUCUGUUCGUAAAUGUCACUACUAGAAAUGUAGAUAUUCUGUGGAUUGAUCCGGGAGGAAUUGAAAAAUUGUUUGCAUCUAUUAACCCUGGUAAAAAGGUUAAAGUGGAUACAUUUCAAACACAUCCUUGGGUAUUUAGAGAUAAGGAUACAGGAGAGUAUAUGCAAGUGGAUCAUAAAGAUGUGUUUUGGCCAACGCCAUGUGUUAAAUUAUUGCCAAACUUUCCACAAGGUGCUUUAAAUUGUCGGAGGGCAGUUAACAUUCAUUCUCCAGUCCGCAGUUUGCGAGAAAUAUGUUUAUGGAAUAUAUUAAAAAAUAUAUCGUCUGACAUACUUACAUUAAACAACGACAGCAUUUGCGCUCUUGGCUUACCAGUAACACUUACUAAUGAGCUGCUAGCAAAAGCGCGAUCUAUUAGUUUGUAUAAGAAACUGUAA